AGCUUUCACUGGCCAGGAAUGGUGCAGCUCGGCGAAAAAAAGUUUAUCAAGUACUUCCUUUUGAUGUACCCUUCGUCGACUAUUCAGAGCACACUUCAACACACCAAUGCAAAAUUAAUUGCUUGCAGACAGCGUGCUAUUGCAGAAGGAGAUUUUUUCAGGUUUUUAGGAGUCCGAUUGGCAAUGGCUGUGGAGCCAAGACACGGUUCGCUGAGAACUUACUGGGAAAAGGAAGUCACAGAGGGCUUUGUUGGAACUGCUGCAAAUUUUGGCGAG